AUGCCUCGCAUACGAGUACCUCUCCGCAUCCGACCGGAACUUGUAGGACCAGAACGAAGCCCGCAGCGAGACCGAUUCGUGAAAGUCGUCAAGGACAUCGAGAUCAACCCUCGAAUCUCCGAACUGCUUCAGACGCCAACGUGGUCGGUGUCGUCCCUGAUGCCCUCGCCCGACCAGAAAGCCGAAGACAGCUCGGAAAUCUCGCGCGAGAAGCUGCACCAUCUCCUCCGUCUUUCCGCGCUCCCUCCCCCGGCCAGCAAGCAGGAAGAGUCGAGCAUGCUCAACACUCUCCGGCAACAAGUCCACUUUGUCAAGGAGAUCCAAAAGGUCGACACGACGGGGGUUCAGCCGCUGGUGGCCCUGCGCGACGAGACGGCCGAGGCGCGGUCCGAGCGACAGUUCACCCGAUCCUCGCUCAAAGAGUUUCUCGACCUCGAAGAGAAACGGGGCAAGAACGGAACCAUCCGACGCAACAAAGAGGUAGAGCCUCGUCGGAACAUCCUUACGAAACCAAGACAGUUCCAAGCGGAGCACACGGACGACCGGCUCGAGGAUCCAUUCAAUCUCAGCAAUGACCCUGCCGCGCACAAGUCGGACAAGAAGCGAGGACAGUAUUUCGUCGUGCGAAGAAGUACCAAGGACGCUGCACAAGAAGGGUGA